UCUACUCUUCACAGUUCAGCGAGUUCACUCCACUACUCCAGUCUUUGGCUCUUCGCCUCCUCGCCGUCUUCAGUCUUCCUGCUUGGCUGCUGCCGCUGCUUUUGCCGACCGCUCGGCUUCCUGCUUUUGCCGACUCCUUGGCUUCUCAGUCAACUACUCCAGUCUUUGGCGUCUUCGGUCUUCCUGCUUGGCUGCUCUUGCGGACUUGCCGAUUUGCCGUCGGUGCUCAGCACGAAGUUUUAUCUUAACAAACGACGACGAAAUUGAAGCCUCCCUUCAGCUCUAGAUUUAGCCAGCCGUCACCUCCAUUCUUUCUUUCCCUUUCCCUCUGUUUUCUCCAUCCCUCUCUGCCAUCACCCUCUAUUUUUCUCCUCACAGCCGGACGGUGAAGAAAUUGCAGACCCCUUCAGCUCGCUUCUCUAAAUAAUCACUCCAGGUACUGCUGUCACCCUCGUUCUUUCUUUUCCCUUUUACUUACUCUCCGUUUUCUCCUUGCCUCUCUGCAAACCUGAAGAUAUUCCCUCUCUGCAAAAGGCACAUAGAAAUUGACGGAAGCAAGCAAAGGAGAACAUAUUGUUACAUGGCAUUCAGAGGGCGAGGGCGAGGACGUGGUGGCUUUGGUGGUGGUGGCUUUCGUGCUGCUAAGCAAGAAAAAUUUGAUCUCUUUCCGGAAAUCGAGGAACUAGGAACUGCAGAAGGUGUGAAAGUUGAUCCAUCCUUUGCUGUUUGGUAUAGUAAAUUUCAGAGAUACUGGAACUCUUCUCCCUAUUAUGUUGAAGAUGAAAGUGGAGGUGCAAAGAAAAGUCAAAGCACCGAAAUAGAAAAGUAUUCAGACAGGAAGUCUAAAAAAAAAAGUUCAAAACAGCCACUCUCACACUUCAUAAGAAUGGAGCCUGACUAUGUUCCCGCCGAGCUAGCUAAAGGUGAGAAGAAGGAGAAGCAUGGUGCCAAAAGAGUGAGAUGGAACCCCGAAGCAGACAUGAAGAAGUUGGAUGUCUUUGAAAAGCUUGAGCAGAAGCAUCAGGGUCAAGAAAUAAAUGAGAAGGAGGAGGAAGAGGAAGAAGAUGAAAAACUAGAAGAAGAAGAGGAGGAGUAUAGUGACGAUGGCGAUUAUAAUCAGAACAUUGAUUUUGAUGAUGAUGAAGACGACUUUAACAUGGGCGAUGAUAAUGAUGAUGAACCAGAACUAUAGAUGAUGUAUUUGUAAAUGACCUAUCUGGCCUCCUCCCAGAUGGCACCAAUUUUGCAGACAAAAAAAAUCCUUUUUCCUUCUGUAUAAAGCCAGAAGGGAUUCACGAAAUUUUUCUCUUUCAAGAUUUGACAGUUCCAGUUUUCAGCGGUGACAUGACAUCCUUCUCUCUGGUUUUUUAGACAUGUACGGUUCUCUCGCGGUUGCAAGUUCUUGGAGUUGGGAGGGAGCUGGAGCUUUGCUUCAUUUUUGAUAGCAUAAAAUUGCAUCUUGAAGUACUCUCUCUCUCUCCCUCUCUUCAAAUACAUUCUUAAGAAGCACCCCUUCCCCCCUUUUUUUCCUUUCUUAAUUCUGAUGUUGGACAUUGGCUUUUUGUCAUUACUGAAGCGUCUCAUGUGAAUACCCUAUAUGCGUUGUAGCA